GGAAUUUAGAUGCCCUCUCUUUCAAAACGAACUGGUAUCGCCAUUCAAAAGUGUUUGAACUUGUAGAUUCAACAAAUCCUAGGAGCUUUUUCGUUGGCUUGUGGUGAUCUAUACACACACCCUCCUCAAGCCUGAACAUCAAAGCAUCUUUUUCCAUUUGAUUGAUUUAUAGUGAUGCGUUGCUGGAGGACGCAAGCUUGCAUGUUAUCAGAGGAUGGGUAACUUAUCGCCAAAAACUGAAUCAAUGGUAUCUGUUCUCACUGGUCAUCAUGCUUUUGAACAGAAUGCAUGCAGCUCAAGAACAGACUGUUGUAUUCGUGAUAUUGAAUUCUAUCCCUGCCUGCACGCUCUUUGAGAAUCCGGCUAAGUCUUACCAGGGUAACUCUAACUACCCUGAUGUUGGGAAAGAGCCCCUUUCCAACCGCCAACUCAUCCACCCGUAGUUCAGCAACGCGAGCCAUGUACUUUCACAGAGAUCUAUUUAGGUAUCCUUAUGCUUGCCGGCAAUUGCCCGGACGCGCCGAGAGACCUGUGAUGUAUCACAUGGGAACGAUAAGACUGUGAUACUAUUGUGUCUAUUGUGUCUGUGACGAUCUGACUUCGCGUCCCUCUCACCGUCUCUUUCCUUACGAACCAGCACCGAAUAAAUGGCUCCAAAGGUUGCAAUCAUCGGGGCCGGUCUCUCGGGACUUGCGUCCCUGAAACAAUGUCUCGAGGAGGGCUUCGAUGCCACAAUCUUCGAGGCUCGUCCUGUCAUCGGAGGCCAGUGGUGCUAUGAGGAGCCAGAUCCAGUUACCGGCGAAACAUCCUCUUCGAUGUACGAAGGAGUCUUGUUGAAUUCUUGUCGUGACACCUCGACUUUUAGCGACUUUCCUAUGGACCCUAGCCGCUAUCCGGACUACUUUGGUCACAAGCGCUUUUUGCGAUACAUCGAAGAGUAUGCGGAGUAUUUCGGACUCAGAGAGCAUAUCUGUUUGAACACCGAAGUCGUUUCCUGCUCACAAGACAAGGAAGGGAAAUGGAGUGUCGAGACAAUCCAGAAAGGAAGGUCCCCCGUCAAAGAUACUUACGAUGCGAUCUUCGCGUGUUCAGGUGCGCUUGCAGACCCAGUUAUUCCCAUGUUUGAGGGACUGGAGAAAUUCAAAGGUGACGUUUUCCACAGUCAUAUUUACAGGCGCCCAGGCGCACUUGAAGGAAAAAGAAUCGCCAUCAUCGGUUUCGGUAAUUCCGCCGCAGAUUUAUCUUCUGAGUUGAGCUGGCAGGCGAAAGAGCUGCAUCUUAUUACUCGCAGAGGCGGAUGGAUCGUCCCUCGCUUCGUUUUGGGCAAACCGGCGGAGGCAUAUGACAAUCGUGUCGCAGAAACAAUCUUGCCAUCCAAGUUUUCCCAGUGGAUCCAAACGCAGCUCUGCAACCACGUUCUGGGCAAGCUCCCGGACGUCCUGCAGCCAGAGCAUGGCCUCAUGGAAGCAAAUGUCACAAUGCGAAGUGACCUGCUUGAAAACAUCAAAACCGGUCGUAUCAUCCCUCACAGAGCUGGAGUGAAAAGAGUCUCAGAGACAUCUUUGAUUUUAACUGACGGUACAUUCAUUGAUGUCGAUGUUAUCAUCUGCUGCACUGGAUAUCACAUGAGCAUUCCGUACGUGCCCGAGGAGAGUUACCGAAAUAACCAUAAUCCAAUCCUUAACACCAACAAUUCGAUGGAACUCUAUAAAUUAGUCGCAUCUCCAACCUUCCCGAACGUGUUUUUCAUCGGCUUCGUUGAGCUCGCAGGCCCUCUGGUCCCGGUCUCAGAGACACAGGCAAGAUGGGCGACUUCGGUACUUGCCGGUAGGAUCAAGCUGCCUUCCGUCAAGAAGAUGUAUGGAUCGAUAGCCGCGUACCAAGCGCGCCUAGCUGCCGUGAUGGUGAAUUCCGAUCGACACACUGUCACCAUUCGCUACCUACCUUACUGCGAUGAUCUCCUGAGGGAUAUCGGCGCUAAUCCGACAUUCUGUCGCCUGUUUUCUAAGGUCUUCACCUCCAAUCCUGUCACAGCAGUCAAGCUGCUCAAGGCAGUGUACGUUGGAAUAAAUUCUCCGGCACAAUAUCGUCUAUUUGGCCACGGAAGUAAGCCCAUGCUUGCAUCUGCCACGUUGUUAAGACUCGCCGACGAAGCUCCGGGACUGAGCGAAAAGGAGAGACAUAUUCUUUGCAUGAGCCAGCCUGAAGGAUAA